AUGACAACUAUUGCUGACGCAACAACAGUACUUCCAACAACAACUAGUCAUGAAACAACAACCUUGGCUACCACUAGCACCCCUCCAGAGUCCUCAUCUAAUGUAGCAACCACAACUAUGCCUGAACCUACAACAACUUUUGGUGCAAAUACAACAACUCUGGCUGCCACAACCACCCCUCCCACAUCCUCAAUUAUAAGACCAGUGUUGACAACGGAUACAGCAAACACAACUAUGCCUCAAACAAAAACAAAAGUUCCAACAACAAUUAUUGCAAACACAACUAUGCCUGACAAAACUAUCGGUGCAUCAAAAACAACUAUGGCUGCCACAACCACCCCUCUGGCAUCCACAUAUAUAGCACCUAUGUUGACAUCUGAUGCAGUAACCACAACUAUACAUGACAUUUCACCUAUAACUAUUGGUGGGAAAAUUGCAACUUUGAUUCCGAAAAUAACAGAAAAUCAUCCAACAACUUUUAUGUCGCAAACCACAACAAUUCCAUCCACAACUAUUGGUGAGACAACUACAUUUUUGGCUCCCACAAUCACAACGUCUCCUCAAACAGUAGUGGAGAAGUCAACAACAACGCCAACCACUACAGUUUAUUCAAUAACUACAACUAUGAAUGAAACCACAAAAACACUUUCAACAACUUCUACUAUUGUUGAGACAACUACAAACCAUACUAAAACAACUACUGUAGGUAAAACCCCAACAGCAAUUACAACUGUAGCUAUUGGCCAGGCAACUACACCUUUGGCUUCUGAAACCACACUGACAACAAAUCAUCCAACAGCCACUACACUGACAGAAACUGCAACACCACUUCCAGUAACAUUGACAACUACCGGUGAGACAACUGCGACUGUCAUUUCCACAACAUCAAAUCAACCAACAAACACUAAUGUGGGGGAAACAACAACGAUUCUACCUGCAACUAUUGGUGAGGCAACUUUAAAUUUGGCUCCCACAAUCAUGAUGACAACACCAACCAGUAAAAUCCAUUUAACAAUUACAACUAAGCCUGAAACAAUAACAGCACUUCCAACUACAGUUAUUGCUGUCACAGCUAAACCUUUGGCUUCUGAAACAACAUUGACUACAAAUGAUUCAACAACCACUAUUGUAGCUGAGACCACAACACUUCCAAGAGUUACUGGUGAGUCAACUUUGACUACUACAUCACUUUCAACUACAGGACCAACCAAUAGAACUGAUGCAACAACCACAACUAUGCCUUAUCUCACAACAUCUUUGGGCGCAACAACAAAAACUGUGGCUACCACAAGCACCCUUGCAACGUCUGUAGCACUAAUGUCGACAACUAAUGCAACAUCUAUGGCUGACAACACCACAAAUAUUGGUGCAACAACAACAACUCUGGCUACCACUAACACUCUUCCAACAUCCUCAGUUAUAGCACGAACCACAAGUAUGCAUGACACCACAACUAUUGGUGCAACAACAACAAAUUUGGUUAACACAACCACCCCUCUAACAUCCUCAACUGUAGCACCAUCAUCAACAACUGAUGCGGCAACCAUAGCUAUGACUGAAUCUACAACAGUACUUCCAAUAACAACUAUUGGUGCAACAACAACUUUGGCUGCCAAAGGUACACCUCCAGCAUUUUUAUCUAUAGUACCAACAUCAAAAAUUGAAAUAACAACAGUGUUUCUAACAAAUGCUACUAUUGUUGAGACAACUAGAAAUUUGGUUUCCACAAAAACAAACAAUCCUACAACAAUUACUGUGGCUGAAACCACAACAGAUCUUCCAAAUACAGCUACUGGCAAGACAAUAACAACUUUGGCCACAUCUCCAACAUCCUUAACUAUAGCACAAACUUUGACUGCCACAACCACCCCUUCAACAUCCUCAAAUAUAGCACCAAAAUCAACAACUGAUGCAGCAACCACAACUUCACCUAAUACAACAACAGUACUUUCAAAAACAACUAUUAGUGCAACAGCAACAACUUUGGCUGCCAAAAGUACCCCUCCAACGUCCUCAUCUGUAGCACCAACAUUGACAACUGAUGCAGCAAUCACAACUAUGCCUGAAACAGAAACAGUACUUCCAACAAAAACUUUUGGUGCAACAACAAAUUUGGUUACACUAUCUGUUCUAGCUCCAACAACGACAUCUGAUGCAACAAUCACAACUUUGCCUGAAACAGCAAUGGUAUUUUCAAAAACAACUAUUGUUGCAACAACAACUUUGACUACCACAAGUACCCCUCCAGCAUCCUCUUCUUUCGCACCAACUUUGAUUACUGAUGCGGCAGUCACAACUAUUCCUGAAACAAAAAAAGUCCUUCCAGCAACAAUUUACCCCGCCAGCAUCCUCUUCUUUCGCACCAACUUUGAUUACUGA